UGCGUGUAGCAGUACACAUGGCAACCGCUGCUAACACAAGCUUAGAUUGACUGUUUAUGUGCUCUUUGAGGCGCAGCUAACGCUACUGUGCUAGCUCGCGUACGGAGGUUUCACCAAACCUGUAAUGGCUUUCUUCAGUUCUGAAUACUUCGAAACUGUUGGAUCUAUCCAGAAGACUAUACACGAAAGGGAAAAAAGAAGGCAUGAGUUGGAAGAAGAGUUGUUCACCUACUCAAGAUCAGAAGAAAGACUGGCCAGGCUAAAAUGCAUCAAGAUGCAUCAUUAUUAUAAGGAACUGUGUAUGAGAGAGCAGCAUGCAAAGACCCGUAACCUUGAGCUUCUGAGAAGUGCUGAGAGCCUGGUGUUGAAAGCAAAGGAAUUUUCACUAGAUGACACUGUACUGCAACAACUGAAGCAGGAAUGCCAACAUCGCAUUACAAGGCUUCCGGAGGAGGGGAAGAAGAGGGAACACAAAAGAGGACUUGAAGCACAAAAGGAACAAAGCAGGUCUCUUCCUCUCAGCACCAGACGAACAUCGCCUCAACCUGCUAUCACCUCAAUGGGUUGGCAACCCCUCAAAGACACUCUGGUGGAGGACGGCAUCAUGAGCACACAUUCACUGAUAGAGCCAAAACCUAAUCACCCUUCAUCUUCCUUGCUACAAAGCAGCCCUUUGAUGAAUGCCCCAUUUUCAGAAGCCAGCGGCAACAAAUCUUUAUCUGAUGGCAUUCUAAACUUCAGUGAUUUCCCUGAAAGGCAGCCGGUGUUUGAUUGUGAUUCAUUUAUGAGAGAAGUAGAGGUGUGUGGGUCAGAACAGCUGCCUUCUACACACGUGACCUUGCAGGCAUCUGGAGUGUGCUCUCAUCACGGAAGUGUGAGCAGGCCAGAGAGCAGUGCGUCACCACAGCUGCAUCCCAGCCAGAGUGCUUCCCCAGAUACCAUUCACACAACAAACUCCGCUAUGUGCAGGAAAUCUAAAGAGCAAGCAGAGCCUGAGUCAGCACCACAUCAUCAUACACCCAUUCCAGAUCACCGUAAAAGCAGAAGCUCCAGUAUUGGUAGCUCUGAUGCAGAGGUCACACCUGAACAGUCACUUAAAUCCAACAGUGAUGUUUCAGUUUCACACGAUGAUGGUGUCCAUGAGCAGCACACAACUAUGAAGAGUUUCACGCCUAUUCACACGAGAGAAAAUACUAACAUUGGAGUGGAGACUGGAGAACCUCUUUUCCCAAAGCCAAAACACAGAAUGUCACUGGAGGAAUUCUUUUAUCUGUUGGACAGCAUUGAGGAGCGACUCCAUGCUAGAGACAUCGAUCUGUACGGUAGCUCGGCAGUCAGUGAACAGAAGCUGAGAGAGAUUAUUAGCCUGUGUAGUCAGCGUGGUGAGCUAAGUGGACAGGGGCUGAGUGUGUGUGGAGCUGUGGUUCUGCAACAGUUGCCCUGGUUAUUAUGGAACACACCUCAUGGCUGCCUGCUACACAGCGACCUGGUCAACAUACACUGGUCCACUGCAGUAGAUUCAUCACACAUCAGGUCGUGUCUGUCUGGUGAUAGCGUUGCUCUGUGGGAGCGCUGGUUCACACACGCCCUUCAGUUGCUGCAGCAGGAGGUUCUUUCCCUCAACACCAUUGUGCAGCUCUUCACGCCGCUCCUAGUGCACUACAAUGCCUCCUACGCAGACAAGGCCGAAGUGCUGCUGAAGAGGCUUUUGACCCAUGCGGCUGAGACUCAUCACUCAGCAGAGAGUGAGGACUCAUCCUGCAGCUUACCCUCGCUUUUAAAUGACAGCACAGAGAUCAAACUGGCCAGACCCUCCAAGAAAUCCAUCAGCUCCACUGGAGAACAAAGUGAUGAAGAGGACAGCGCCAACCAAAGCCCUGUGGAAAGUGUUCCUAUUAGAGAGACAAAAGCAUAUCAGCUGCUUAAACAGUCAGUUACACAAGAGAACCAGUGGCAGAAUGCACAGAAGAAGGAGGAGAAAGAUGGCUCUGACUUGGACCCAUCCGGUUUAUCAGAUAAUGAAAAAACAGGGAGUAGCAAGAGGCUUAUUCAAGACCUGCGUAAUGAUUCAAAGAAGAAAACCCAGGCUUUCUCUGCUGUUCAGUCGAAAGCUUUUUGGGGCGAUUCAGAUGACACCAACUCUGACAUUGAAGUGGCCUUGCGUCCUCACUCCGGCAACACUAACAGUGACUUUGAUGACUUUUACGAUUAGGUUUUUUUCAUCUCGUGGGUUUUUCUCCUGACCUUAUGCUGUAACUGUCCUUCAAAAAACAAAUAAAAACAAGUCUUUUACUGAGAAA